AUGGAUUUUAAACUAGUCAACCAUCUGUGGAUCUCUAGCUUGAGUGGGCUGCCACCUGGUGGGCACAUGAGAGAUCAUAAUCCCUUGGCAAAUACUGACCCAGAUAACCUGAUGAAUCUGUUGGACACAACCUUCCAGUUGGAAAUAAACAGCAAUGCUGAGAGAGAGAUUAAGCCCCUGAUCCAAGGUAUCCUUCCCAAACCCAGGGUUCACCAUCGUAACCCACUACAUGAGGGGGUUCUGUACCCCAUAACAAGAACAGCUCCAUCCCAUGGGAGAAUUCCAAAAUGGAAUGGAUUUUGGAAGUCUGCUCUGGUGGAUACUGUACCCGGUAGAGAAAACAGGACAUCAAGAAAAGUUAAUGAUGAGGAGCUGGGAAGAGACGGAGGGGACUUCUUAGCACUGGCCUAUGCAGAGGAGGACUCCCUGAUUUCUUUGACAACUUGGCUUCUACCAUGCCACACGGAAGAAGAGAACAGCGAGGAGAGUGUUUGGGCACUAAGCUGUAGUUGCAAUUCAUCUUUUGCCUUUUCACAACUAGAAAGCAUUGGAGAAUCUUUAAGGGAUACCCAGGUACAGGGGAUGAGCAUCAGAGACUUGUAUUCGGGGGUAAGUCCAUCCACCAUAGCCCUUUCAAUGGCAAAUCAUGCAAAACCCUCACCUGAAUUUACCCUUGUGGACUAUGGGGUAUAUAUAUUGUUGUUGGUGUUAUCGCUUGCAAUCGGGCUGUACUAUGCACAUCGAGGCAGAGGUCAGAACACAGUUCGCCAGUUCCUGUUGGCUAACCAAAGCAUGCGCUCCCUACCUGUGGCAAUAUCUCUUCUUGCCACCUUUCAGUCAGCUGUGGCCAUCCUGGGAAUCCCUGGGGAGAUUUACCAUUUUGGCACCGAGUACUGGUUCAUAGGCUGCUCCUUCAUAAUAGGUCUGCUGGUGCCAGCCCAUAUCUUCAUACCCAUCUUCUACCAACUGAAUAUCUCCAGUGCCUAUGAGUACCUGGAACUUCGAUUCACUAAGACUGUGCGACUGUGUGGAACUCUAACAUUUAUCUUUCAAAUGGUGAUCUAUAUGGGUGUUGUUCUGUAUGCCCCAGCCUUGGCACUCAAUGCAGUGACAGGCUUUGAUCUGUGGGGCUCGGUGCUGGUUCUAGGCAUCAUCUGUACUAUCUAUACUAGUCUGGGUGGGCUGAAAGCAGUCAUUUGGACAGAUGUGUUCCAGACAUUGGUCAUGUUCCUGGGACAGAUAGCCAUUGUCAUUGUCGGGGCUGCCAAAGUGGGCGGCUUGGGGCGUGUUUGGGAUGUGGCUUCACAGCAUGGCCGUAUCUCUGGGAUUGACCUGAAUCCAGACCCAUUUGUGCGGCACACCUUCUGGACCCUUGCUAUUGGGGGGAUAUUUAUGAGGCUUUCCUUAUAUGGAGUAAACCAGGCCCAGGUGCAGCGCUACCUCAGCUCCCACACAGAAAGGGCUGCUAUUCUUUCCUGCUACGCGGUAUUCCCCUGCCAGCAGGUGAUACUCUGCAUUGGCUCCCUCAUUGGUCUCGUCAUGUUUGUCUAUUACCUCGACCACCCCCUGAGUCCAGAACAAGCUCAGAUCUCCUCUGACCAGAUGGUCCUACACUUUGUGAUGGACAUCCUGGAGGGGCUUCCGGGCUUGCCUGGGCUCUUUAUUGCCUGUCUCUCCAGUGGUUCUCUCAGCACAAUCUCCUCAGCUUUUAAUUCACUUGCAACAGUCACCAUAGAAGAUCUGAUCCGGCCCCACUUCCCUGAAAUCUCAGAGGAGCGGGCCAUCUUGAUUUCCAAAGGCCUUGCUGUAGCCUAUGGCCUGAUAUGUCUGGGAAUGGCCUACAUCUCCUCCUUAAUGGGGCCUGUGCUGCAGGCAGCGCUAAGCAUCUUUGGGAUGAUUGGGGGACCUCUGCUUGGACUAUUCUGUCUUGGCAUUUUCUUUCCUUGUGCCAAUUCAACUGGUGCAGUGUUAGGUCUUCUGGCUGGACUCAUCAUGGCCUUCUGGAUUGGCAUUGGGAAUAUGGUGAACAACAUGACCCCGAAGAUAGUGGUUCCACCACCUAAUGGCACUAGCUUCUCCUCUUAUAGAAACACGACAAUUGCUACUGUGACCACACUGAUGCCCUUCACAGUAUCCCAGCCCACAGGAAUACAACGGUUCUAUAGCCUGUCCUAUUUAUGGUAUAGUGCACAUAGUUCCACCACAGUCAUCAUCAUGGGACUGCUUGUCAGUCUUCUCACUGGUGGAACAAAGAGCCAACCCCCAAACCCUCGGACAAUUUAUCCAGUGUUGCCACGACUAUUUGCCCUCCUGCCCAUCUCCUGUCGGAACCGCCUGCCCUGUCAGGGUUAUAACCAAGACCUCUCCUAUGAGACAGAUACAGUACCAGAGAAGAUGACUAGCUGUGGGGAAGAGGAAGUGGUGGUAAUGCCUGAGCAAGGCCACAUCCCAGGGGACCGUGGUCAUGCCUUCAUACUGCAGGAGACAUCACUGUGA